AUGGAUGUAAAAGAUGCUUUUGAUAUAAGAUCAAACCUAGCCCGCUCAAAUGGCUUGGAGUCCACUUCGAUAGGAAACUGUUGGUACGAGAAGGAUACGGAAGACGUAGCACCCACGGAUUACGUAGGUCCUGAAGCCAAACUCAGACCAUCCGAGAUCGAACUAAACCUGAUUUUACAAUUAUACAUAGUACAAACCAUUAGAUUAGACCCCUACCAUCCUCUCAGGAUCAGAGCAGAGAAUAUAACCAAAGCCAGAGAAUAUAAUUUCACCCUAAAUACAAGAUUCGCAAGGCUCAUUACAACAUUACUGGAGACUGAAUACAUAAACCCCUUGGCCUUUCUAUCCUGGGAAAUCAGAGAAUCGAGGGUAAAGGCCAAGGCCCAUAUCAAUAGUUCGAUGAGCAAAACGAAGAUACAAACAACUGAAGACUUCAAAGCCUUUUACACCAAGAUUCCAAGAAGCGAUAUACAAAUCUUCUCGGAUAACUCAAAAAGUAAAAGAAAAUCCGCAUCCGAUGAGUCCCAAGGCAUCUAG